CGACAGAAGUUGUGUGUCAGUGAACAGAGAGGGCUCUCAGUCUGGGGCGAGCGCUCUAUUGAUCGCGGACGGAUGCUCAGGCUGUAGCACUGGCAGCGGCCGCGGCGGCUGUAGUGGUGGCAGGAGAAGGGGGAAACUGGGACGGCCCUCAGAGCUACACACACACUUUCAAGUUCCCUUGGAGGGAAAGGAGUUGGAAUUGCAGAAAGAGGCCAAAUACGGUCCCAUCUGCCCCAUCCGGGCUCCCCCUCUUCUUCUUGCUCCCAGUUCCCUGGCUCUGCGAGAGUUCAGGAUUUGGGCAGCCGUACGUGGCAGUGAGGGCAAGAGGGCCAGGAGCGUGGGGAGCAGAACCAGAGGUGUGGGGGAAGAUGCCCAUCCUGCUGUUCCUUAUAGAUACGUCCGCCUCCAUGAACCAGCGCACUGACCUGGGCACCUCCUAUCUGGACAUUGCCAAAGGCGCUGUGGAGUUAUUCUUGAAGCUGCGCGCCCGGGACCCGGCCAGCCGCGGAGACAGGUACAUGCUGGUCACCUACGACGAACCCCCGUACUGCAUUAAGGCUGGUUGGAAGGAAAAUCAUGCAACAUUCAUGAGCGAACUAAAAAAUCUCCAGGCUUCUGGACUGACUACUCUUGGUCAGGCUCUAAGAUCCUCAUUUGAUUUGCUAAAUCUCAAUAGAUUAAUAUCUGGAAUAGACAAUUAUGGACAGGGAAGAAACCCAUUUUUUUUAGAACCGUCUAUUUUAAUUACCAUCACAGAUGGAAACAAGUUAACGAGUACUGCUAGCGUUCAAGAAGAGCUUCAUCUUCCUUUGAAUUCUCCUCUGCCUGGAAGUGAACUAACCAAAGAACCUUUUCGUUGGGAUCAAAGGUUAUUUGCCCUGGUGUUGCGUCUGCCUGGAGUGGCUUCUACGGAACCAGAGCAACUCGGGAGUGUACCAACUGAUGAAUCAGCCAUCACACAGAUGUGUGAAGUCACAGGAGGUCGCUCCUACUGUGUUAGAACACAAAGAAUGUUGAAUCAAUGUUUAGAAUCUCUAGUUCAGAAAGUACAGAGUGGUGUAGUUAUUAAUUUUGAGAAAACAGGACCAGAUCCACUGCCCAUCGGAGAAGAUGGACUUAUGGAUUUGUGUAGGCCAAGCAAUUCAUUUGGUGUUCCACCUUGGCAUAGCUGUCAUAAACUCAUUUAUGUGCGACCUAAUUCCAAAACUGGAGUUCCUGUUGGGCACUGGCCAAUUCCAGAAUCUUUUUGGCCAGAACAAAAUUUGCCAUCAUUACCUCCACGAACAUCUCAUCCUGUGGUGAGAUUCUCCUGUGUAGAUUGUGAGCCAAUGGUUAUAGACAAACUGCCCUUCGACAAAUAUGAACUUGAACCAUCUCCCUUAACUCAGUAUAUCUUGGAAAGAAAGUCUCCUCAUACUUGCUGGCAGGUAUUUGUUACUAGUAGUGGAAAAUACAAUGAACUUGGAUACCCAUUUGGUUAUUUAAAAGCCAGUACAACUUUAACUUGUGUAAACCUCUUUGUGAUGCCUUACAACUACCCAGUUUUACUUCCUCUUUUAGAUGACUUGUUUAAGGUUCACAAGCUUAAGCCAAAUCUGAAGUGGCGACAGGCUUUUGACAGCUACUUAAAAACUUUGCCUCCAUACUACUUACUACCAUUAAAGAAAGCACUAAGGAUGAUGGGAGCUCCAAAUCUGAUAUCAGAUAAUUUAGAUUGUGGACUUAGUUACAGUGUUAUCUCUUACCUUAAAAAACUCAGCCAACAGACCAAAGUAGAGUCAGAACGAAUACUAGCAUCAGUGGGGAAGAGACCUCCCCAGGAAACUGGCAUCAAAGUGAAAAAUCAUUCUGGAGGUGGCAUGCCCUUGGUUCACAAUAAAAAUUUUAGAAAACUAUUGAAAGAAAUCAUAGGGGAAAGUGCACCAAGGCUGACGGAAUUAAAUACCAAAGAAUUUGCUGGCUUCCAAGUAGGGUUCUUCAACAAGGAUUUGAAACCUCAGACAUAUAGGAAUGCUUAUGAUAUUCCACGUAGAGGACUUUUAGAUCAGUUGACCAGAAUGAGAUCCAAUCUAUUGAAAACACACAAAUUUAUUGUUGGACAAGAUGAAGAUUCCCUUCAUAGUGUCCCAGUUGCACAAAUGGGUAACUACCAAGAAUAUCUAAAGAUGAUGGCUUCUCCACUACGAGAGAUUGACCCAGAUCAACCCAAAAGACUGCAUACUUUUGGCAAUCCAUUUAAGCAAGAUAAGAAGGGAAUGAUGAUUGAUGAAGCAGAUGAGUUUGUAGUAGGGCCACAAAACAAAGUGAAACGCCCUGGAGAACCCAACAGUCCUAUGUCAUCUAAGAGAAGACGGAAUAUGUCCCAGCUAUUGAGGAAACCACCAAUACCACCUACUGUAACUAAUCAUGUGGUUGGCAAGGGACCACUUUCAGCUGCGUGGUUCCCAUCUUGUCCAGACCUCAUAAAGCCCACCCUUGUACAUCCAGAUGCCACUGUCAUUCAUGAUGUCCAUGAGGAGAAGAUGGAAAAUGGACAAAGCCCAUCUGAUGGCUUCUUGUCAAAAUCUGCUCCGGCAGAGUUUAUGAAUUUGUCAGGAGAUGGGAUUAUGUCCAACCAAGUGGAUUCUCUGUCUGAUGACUUAAGUGGUCUUAGGAAAGAUGGACUGAUUCACAAACCCGGCAAUAAUAUACUUGUAGGAGGAGCCAAAAACUGCAGUCUCUCUGUAGAUGACCAAAAAACAGUAGCGCCUGCUUUGGAAACUGCGCCAAAUUCAUUGCAAAUCACUCCUGCAAUGGCACAAGGAAUCAAUGCUGACAUAAAGAAUCAGUUAAUGAAGGAAGUUAGAAAGUUUGGACGAAAGUAUGAAAGAAUUUUCAAUUUGCUUGAAGAAGUACAAGGACCUCUGGAGAUGAAGAAACAAUUUGUUGAAUUUACCAUCAAGGAAGCUGCAAGGUUUAAAAGACGAGUGUUAAUUCAGUACCUUGAGAAGGUACUAGAGAACAUCGAUUCCCAUCACCUUGUCAACAAUGUUAAUCACAUCAACAGCAAAUCAUCAUGUUAAUACAAAGACCAGUGAGGAAAAGGGCAAGUUUUCUGUGCUGUAGGAUGGAGUGAGAUAAUGUUACAGCCCUCUAGAAUGUUUGAAUCAUGGAAAUAGCCUCAGCAAGGCUAAGAAAAAGCAUUAGAGCUUUGAAUGAUUACCUGGAAGGGAAAGUUGGGCUUUUGCCUUAAGAAGUGUGGUUGAAAGCAUUAUAUUUGUUUUGUUGUUUCUUUUUCCAAUUGGGAAAAGUGAUGUUAACUGAGAAGGCUAAGUUCAUAAGACACCAUUGCCCCUGCCACAGGCAAUAACGUUUCCUCAUUUGAACUUUGCCAUUCCAUGCAUUGUAAGAGUGAGUAGGGACCACCUGCAAGUAGAUCACUAUGUGGCAUUCUUAUUAUGUCCUUCAGAAGCAUAUAAAAUCAAAGUAGUAAUCUUCUGUGCAGAACAGAUUUUUCAACAAUUCCUUACUGUGCCUUUUAAACCAUGUAAUAUUCACAAUAGUUUGAUUCAAAGAAUAAAAAAGCUGCUAUUUAGAUAACUUAUUUCUCUCUGGGAAGGAGCAGGGAGAGUCACCAAGCAAUCUACCUCCAGCGCUCUUCCAUUUUGUCUAGAGACAUUACAAAGUGCACCUGAGGCUGCACUAACCUCGAACAUUUCUUCUUACAUGUGACAACAGAAAGUCUUUAGGUGGACUUGUACAUUUUGUGCUUUGGAAGCACUAAAAGAAAAAAUAAUGUGUAUAUUUUCUUUAACGUUUAUACAAAAGUUUAUAUGAAGCAGUAUUGUUAUGUUUGUAUUUGUAAAAAUGUAAGUGUUCAGAGAUUUUCACUUUGCAUACAUGAAAUAAAAUCAUUUUAUUGAUUUGCA